AUGGCAAAGUCCAGCCACAGCAAGAUAGUCUGUGCUACGCCUCACAACGACGCCCAGCGAAAAGUUACAAAGCCUCCAAUAAAGGGCAAGGCGGCCCCGAAACCAACAAGCAAUCGGCAUAUGAAGGGCUGGGUACAUGAGGAGGAUUCUCCCGACUUGUCUAACAUCAUCAUCGGUGACCCCAAGGACCCCAAGAACAUCAUCCAUGGCAAAAGGACGCGGAAUGGCUCUCACAUGAGCGAGUCACAGCUAGGCAAAGCUACAAAUCCGAUCACUCUACCAGACGACGACAAUAUAUCAAUUCAGACAGCAAACGCCCAUGCAGCGUCUCCCACGGCGUCCCCCAAACACAAAGACAGAAUAUCUACAAGAUCUCUCGAGGAGGCGGCGCCCGACACGGAAAGCGAUAACAACCCACUAGCACGAGCCGAAGAGGACAAUAGCUUGGUCGCAGAAGAACGUGUAUCACCUAGAGAACUCAGCUGUAGCAUUCUGGCUCUCAUCAACCAUUCUUUGCAGGUCGCGGAUGAAGCAGUGGCAUACAUGCAAAGUGUCAACGAUCACGAGGUACUAGCACGGGAACUGGAUCGCGGUGUGGAAAAAGUAUUAACCGGGCGGGUGAAGAAGAGGAAGGUCAAAUUUGCGGCCUGA